AUGAAAGUUACCGACUACCUGGCUGAACCACUCAUCAAUCGGCUGCCAGUGGAACUUCUACAGCAAAUAUUCUUGCUUGUCGUUAAUGACGUCCCGGACUACCCCGGUAUAUUCUCAUUUGGAGACAACACCAUCUCGGCCAAUGUUACCAGUCCUCCCCUACUCCUCACCCAAGUGUGUUGCUGUUGGCGAGCCAUUGCACAUUCAACGAGAGGGCUAUGGUCGCGCAUCCUAGUUACACUUCCCGGUCGAGAAAGACCAUUGAAGCCGUUCCUCCCAUUUCUGCUGGAGUCUUGGCUUGCCCGCUCAGGCAGUCACCCUCUUAGCCUUAGUAUCGUGUCCAAGCAGUUGUUCUACCCGCGCCAUCAUCGCGCCGGAUGCAGGCCUCUCUUCUCUUACCCCUCAGAGGCAGAUUCUCAACUGCUCGGAAUCCUCCUUUCUGAAAAGGGGCGUUGGGAAACGCUGGUUGUUGUGUCACCUGACAUAUGUGACUGGAGUGAUAACAUCGACGCACCUCAGUUGAGAACAUUGGAGUGUUUCCGGCGAGAGUUCAAGAGAUUUGAUGCACCAAAUCUCCAUCGGCUACAAAUCUUCAACCAAUGUGAAUUUUCUGUCACCACCCCCACCUGCGAAACACUACAACAUCUCCGCCUCCAUCACACUUCCGUCAACACUAUACGUUUCACUUCGGUGAUUUUCCCUCAUCUGGAGACCCUUGCGGUGGAUGAUUUUUCCGUAGGUUCUGGCGAUAGAAUUGAUUCGGUCACACAAUCUUGCCUUAAAUCGAUGACUCUCCCCCUCCGCCUUCGCGUCACAUCGGAUCCUUAUUAUAGGCAGGGUUUCAUCAACAUACUCGAUGGUUUCCAUCUCCCUAUGUUGCAAAAAUUGACAGUGGAAGUGGGUGACCUGAAAAAACCGGCAGUUGAUUGCAUUAUGGAGGCGCUGGCGGUUGCCUCUUGCCACGAGCCAGCGGUAGACUUUCAGACGACCACGCCGUCAAGUGAAGUUGAUAUGGAUAUAUUUGAACCAUUGCUCUCAGUCGUGAAGGAGGUUACUGUCUGUGGGGAAGUGCUUCGGUGA